UUCACGCGGCCGACCCUUGUUCGAUUCCUCUGCCCAUCUCGGAGAGCCCGGCAAGCUACCAAGAGUAUCGUGCCCGUACGGCAGAGCCUGGCAAGCUACCUGUGGCGUAUUGAAUAUGCCAAAAACAAUAACGAGAAGUCUCUCAAUGAGAGACCUUACUGGUGCCCGCUCGAGCAAAUCGAUGAGCAAUGGGAUGACAGUGACAGUGACAGUGAGAUAGUAACUGAUGCCAUAGAAAUUCAAUGGUUAUGGCAUCAGAGUGCAAUAUAGGUGACUUAUGACUCUGAAGGAGAUUGGGAGAGGACGGACAGUCCAGGUGGGAGAAGAGAAAUAAGAGAGGAAUGGAGCAUGAUGCUGGGGAGGAUAGUAGAUUCAGGGAAAUAAAGGAGAAAAGAAAGAGAGGUUUGGAGAAACUAGUCACUGUCAUCCUGUUGCUCAUCGAUUUGCUCUAGCGGGCACCGUAAGUUUGGGGUAGAGAGCACAUUGCAACUGGCCUGGUAACUUUCCCUUAUUAAACACAAAAUUCCUUCAAUUCUUGGGAGACUUUUCUUGGAGGCUAAGGGUCAAGUUCUCCAAGGUGGAAUAAGGGUGUUAAAGUCAAGUUCUCUUCUCGGUUCAGUACAGGUUUUGUGUGCUCCUAUUUUCUUAACUUAUUGCUCUGGCCUCUGUCAAAAUAAUGCUCCAUAAUUUUCUUUCAAACUGCUUUUCUUUGGGGCCAGAGAUAGAGAUUGAGCACCUGAGCACCUGCUCUGUGUACAGGAGACCAGGGUUGAUCUCUACCACCAUAUGACCCCCUGAGAACUGUGGGAUAUGGCUGCAAAACAGAGCCGAACAAAAAUAAUGAUGAUAACUUGUCCAUCUUUUAACUAGGUUGGUGCCAGAGCCCGUCCUCCCUGGGCCAUUGCAGAACAGUGUGUCCGAGCUCUCCUCAGAGUCCCAGGGUUCAGCUGCACACACGCCUGCAGAAGCCCAGGAUAGGAGCACCUAUUAAGCCUCUGAGACCAGGAGGAACAGCAGAGACGCAGCCCUUCGGGACUGCUAGAGAAGAAGCCUGCUCCUUUAACUGUGAUGUUCAGUCUCCGGGAGAAAUUGGAGAUCACUGUGAAGAGAAGCCAGCUAGACCUUUCAUCUGCCUUGAAAACUGCCAAGAGGCCACACACAACAGGGAAGAGUCCUGGCGGGCACCACAGUGCCGGAGAUUUCCCUGGGCCCCAUACUGAGCUGAUUACACCGAGAUGCCCCAGAUGGAGAAGGCACAGUUUCCUGCCUUCGCCAGAUGGAAUCCCAGGGACCAUGAGCUUCUACAAGCAAGACUCCGGUGCAGAUAUCCAAGAAAGAGAUAGAAAGACUCGACUUUCUGAAAUUCUUCACAGACAUGCUCGUUGCCUCGUCAUUAUUUUGAUCCUGGUAAUAAUUUUGGUUUCACUUUCUGUUACUUUGAUAGUUUUAGAAAGAAAGAAAAGAACAGUCUCAGAAAUGCACGUGCAUCCUGCCUGCCCACCAUUGUGGAUUGGAUUUGGAAACAAGUGCUUUUAUUUUUCGGAAGACACGGGAAACUGGACAUUCAGCCAGACUGUCUGUGACUCAUUGGGGGCUCAUCUUGUUCACAUUGACACCUCAGAGGAACUAGUUUUUCUGAAAAGAUAUAAAGGCCCCUACGACCAUUGGAUAGGCCUUCGAAGGGAAUCGCCAAGUCACUCAUGGAAAUGGACAAAUAACACUGGAGGCAACAUUGUGUUUCAGGUCACGGGAACUGGGGAAUGUGCCUACUUGCAUGACAAUGGCUUGAGCAGUGGUAGGAUUUACUCAGACAAAAAAUGGAUUUGUAGCAAACCAAAUGGCUAUGCUUGUCAAAAUACUUCAAAUUCAUAAACAGAAAGCCACACUGUGCUUGUUAUCUACAGUUGCUGAAUGCUUUCCUAAAAGUGUUGACCUCAAAAUGUGUAAUACCAGUUGAUAGCAAAGAUGGAACUGAGUCAGAGAGAAUCGCAGGGAGCCUUCCCCCACCAAAAUGAAACAAUUUGGGAUAACAUAAUUCUAAACUAAAUAGACCUUUAGGUAGGAGUUAAUACUUGUAACUUGAACCCAGAGAAAAAGUCAGUCUCACGAAAUCCACUUCUAUAAUACACAUAAAACUUUCCCUGCAUAGAGCAUAAAAAUGAGUUUGCUAAAGCCAGACAAAAUCUUUUUAAUAACCAAAUGAGAAAAACCCAAGUGAUUUUGGAAUUUAAAAUAUGUGGAUAGCUGAGUUCUUUUGCUGUCGGUUACACAUGUAAGAAGACAUUUUUAAAGUAGUAUUCUGAAGCAUUAUUCUGCAUUUUAAAGAAUUCUACUUACUAACAAAGUAAUAUUUACACAUUUGCAUUUCACUUUGAGUAAACACAGAGAGUAUCACAAUUCUUGGGCUGAAGAGCUCCUUGGAGCAGUAGAGCACAUACCUAGGAUGUUUGAGGCCCUGGGUUUGAUGUCCUCCCUCCCCCUUGGACUCCCACAGUUCAGCCCUGAUGGUCCUCAAUACAGCUUAGCUCAGCUUCAAAUCAAGUUGUGACACCCAAAUUCAAGGCUGAGAGUAACUGGGAGUGUCUACCUCACAUCCUGAGAAUUCCUGGGAGUGGCCCUUAUAAUAAUAUAUCACUAGGGGCCCUCUGCGCCUAAAGACUUUGAUUCCAAAGAUGUAACACAUUCGGGCAUCCAGCGCAGCACCCAAGAGCGAUGCACUGGGACACCAAACUGGGCUACAACUCGGUGCUGCUGGGGGUGGAUUUUUUUUUCCUCCCCACCCUGUCUUCCUGCAUGGAAAUCGGCGGGCUGGUGGCACCAUGUGGCAGGCGCCAUCUUCUGUAACUCCAGACCCACAGGUAUUCGGAUUUUACUUUGGGGGCUCCCAGGAACUCAUGGGAAGGGGGCGUAACCGGCACGCCCUCGGCCCAGAUAAACCCGGAGCCGCUGAGCGCGAAUCGGACCCUCUGCGCCUAAAGACUUUGAAUUCAGAGACUUCUUACAGCAAUGCACUGGGACUGUGAGCUGGGCUAUGUAAUUUCUGGCAGAAUUUUCCCUGGACUUUAUACAGAAAUCCAAAACCGUGCGAACGCUGCGGACUUAACAUUUAUAAUUGUCAGCAAUGUGAAUCGGUUCCAUUUGAACAGGUCUGACUUGGGGGGGAAACUCCAAAUAAUAACAGUAAGUUUUUGUUGAAAAUAUUGAAGGUUUUUAAUGUAGCAGCCACCUCUGGACUGUGAACUAAGCAAAAGUCCCACGCUGGCCGACGUGGCGUGGCGUACACCAUAUUAUGAGGCGCAGGAAGGGGGAUGAGGGGGAGAAAGAAAAAAAAAAGGGAAAAGGAAAAAGAAAAAAAAGAGAGAGAGAGAGAGUUAUGUCAACUAUAGUGAGUUUUGUGUUGAAUUAUGGAAUGUAAUCAAGGUAAAGAAAAAAUGAAGUGAAAUUCAUUAGUUAUACAGUAGGUGGUAGGGGGUUGGGGCGGGGGGUAUGCUGGGGUUUCUGGUGGUGGACUGUGGGCACUGGUGAGGGGAUGGGUGUUUGAAUAUUGUGUGACUGACAUAUAAACCUGGGAACUUUGUAACUUUCCACAUGGUGAUUUAAUAAAAAUUAAAAAAAUAAUAAUAAUAUAUCACUAUAUCACUGUACCACUGUCAUCCCUUUGCUCAUCGAUUUGCUUGAGUGGGCACCAGUAACAUCUCCAUUGUAAGACUUGUUGUUACUGUUUUUGGCAUUUAUAACUAAAUAAUUAAAAUAUUAGGAAAUAAAUCCAUCAUGUUUGAUUUAAACUUCCAAUUUUAUGACAGAUUGAAGUGGUGAGAGUCUUUUAAGCAAUUGAUAUCCAAGCAGACAUGUUUAUAUGCUUUGGGGUUUAUAAACAAUAAUGCUUUGGAUUAUGGGUUGUUCUGCUACACUGUAGUGAGGAGUCCCAAAUAGGAUGGAAUAACAAUGCGCAAUGCUUUCUGUCUCGUAGACAUGUUCAAGUAAAAAAGAAAAAUCAAUAAAAAAUUGUAAAUUCUUGGGGCUGGAGUGACAGCACAGCGGGUAGGAUGUUUUCCUUGCUAACCUGGGUUUGAUUCCCAGCAUCCCAUAUGGUUCCCUGAGCAAUGCCAGGCAUAAUUCCUUAGUGCAUGAGCCAAGAGUAACCUCUGUGCAUCGCCGGGUGUACCCCCCCUCCAAAAAAAAGCAAAAAAAAAUUGUAAAUUCUUUCUAAAUAAAAUUGUAUCACUGUCACUGUCAUCACUGUCAUCUCAUUAUUUCUCAAUUUACUCAGUGGGCACAUGUAACAUCUCUAUUCCUCCCAGCCCUGAGAUUUUAGCAGCCUCUCCUUACUCGUCUUUCCCAACUACUGGAGGCUCUUUCGGGUCAGGAUAAUGAGACUUAUAGUUACUGUUUUUGGCAUAUCGAAUAUGUCACAGGGAGCUUGCCAGGCUCUGCUCAUGCGGGUGGGAUACUCUCGGUAGCUUGCAUACUUGACUGACAACCCCUGCUCCGGGAUUUAUGGUGAACUGACAUUACAUAUCAUUUCAUUCAGCAGAUAAUUACUGAAUAUUUUCUCUAUGUGUGAUUUUUCCUGGAAAAAACUGAGACCAACUGCAUAAUAAACUUUAAAAUGAAACAUGUAUAAAGUUGCUAUGCCAGCGUUAAAAUAAUAAUGUAUAUAUAUGUAUACCUCCUAGGAAAUUGUAUAUAUUUUAAAUAUAAAACAAUUGUGUUUUUAAGUUUUGUACAUACAGAUGUAUUAAAUAAAAUAAAUAUUAUCAGUAAUAACCUUA